CAAAACGUGAACAAUUCUAGUUUCCAACACUCUCUCCCGCCGACCAGAAGAAAGUGCUCUGUCUCAUUUUCACAUCAUUUUCGAUCGAUCCCGUCUCGUCAAAUGGCUGAGAUUGAACUGAAGACUGCACCAGCUGACUUCCGAUUCCCAACAACUAAUCAAACUAGACACUGUUUCACACGCUACAUUGAGUUCCACAGGUGCUUGGCUGCCAAGGGUGAUGAUUCUGGAGAAUGUGAAAAAUUUGCCAAGUACUAUAGGUCCCUCUGUCCUGGUGAAUGGGUUGAGAGAUGGAACGAGCAGAGGGAGAAUGGAACUUUCCCAGGGCCCCUUUGAUUUUGAAACUGCUUUAGGCCUUCAUGCCUGCGUUGGGAGCUGAGUUUUGCAUGUCUUUUGUCUGAUGCUGAUCUGUGGGUUUUUGUUUCAGCAUUAUGGAUCAAUAAGGUAGUAUUUAUUUCCAAUGUACAACAACUGUACAAGGAAGGGUUUAAGGUUCUUGUUGUGGCCUUCCAAUCUUCUGUACGCUUGUCCAUAUUCAUAUUAUUUUGGAACUUUGAUAUGCAGCUC